AUGGCAGCAGCGGCUCAGCGUAGGAAAACCUACCACGAUCAGCGGGUCAAAAGCUCCCCUCUGGCUGAGGGCCAGCAGGUGCUACUGCGGCAACAUGGCAUAAAGGGUCGGCAUAAGAUCCAUGAUCUGUGGAGCCCAGUGAUACAUUUGGUGGUGAAAGCACCAAAGGAGGGAAGCCCAGUGUAUGGAGUGGCACCAGUGGAGGAUCAGACCAAGGUCAGACAUGUUCAUCAUAGCAUGUUUAAGCCACUGGUAGGAACCACUCCACUGGAGAACACUGCUCCCCCUCCACGGUUGUCUGUCCAACAGGAGGAUGAAGGGGAGCUCUCAAUGAAUAGUGACCUUGAUGAGGGUGACCUUUUUGUUUUGGAAUUCCAGGAUUAUGCGACAGUCCCGACACCGACCACCACAGUGGAUCAGGUUACACUGGGGGCACCGAGGGCAGAAGCACAUCCAGCUCCCACAGUGGUGAGUCCCACAGGGCCCACAGAGUCUGAGUUAAUGGUGACCCAAGCCGCCCCACUUGUUUCGCAACCUACGCCAGUUGCCCAUUGCCCUGCAGUAACUGAAACUAAUGUCCGGCGAACUCAGAGGCGCACUGCUGGACGGCACUCCAACCUCCACCACCUCCCUAGACCAGUAGAAGGGUCAGAGCAACAAGCUGAGCCCCUGACUGCGGACAUAUCAGGUAUAGGUGGAUAG